AAAGUCAGCCCCUGCUUCGUCCGCCCCGGCUCUCCACGGCAAGGGGCUCCUAGCCCCGGGAGCGGCCGCCAAGCGUCGUCCCCUCUCACAGAAGGGGACUGCGGGGCGUCCCCAGAAGUUGCGGAUACUGCUGAGCUCUCCGCUGCUUUGCAGAGCUACCAACUUUUCUGCUGACUCCUCGACUGCCUCGCGCACCGUCACACUGCGGGAAUCGGGAAUUCGGGACAGGUCUUCAAAAUUAAAAAAACUGCCUAGUGGUGCCCCUGCGUUUUCAAGCAGUAGAAUGAGGAAGAAACCUGCAACCCUGCCAGCAGAUUGAGAGCCAUCAAGUUGCCUUCCUGUUGACUCCAACUUCCCAAAAUCCAGGUGACUUCCAUGGGGACUGCUUGCUGACUUCCAGCAGUGCUUCAGGCAGAUGCUGUCAAUGUCCUUUUACAUGAAGAACACAGCUCUUGUCUGGGGGAAAACAGAAGAGGUUGGCGUCUCGGGGAAGAUACUGAAGAAGAUGCAGGCAUGCUGAAGAUUUCAGAGAAGUGGGCCAUGUGUCCUUCUGAAAGCUGAAAAGUAGCUCCCUGCUAAGGUCAUGAACCUAAGACAAGUUUUUGUGUCUGUACUGAUAUUUGGAGUAGCUGGUCUACUCCUCUUCAUGUAUCUGCAAGUUUGGAUUGAAGAACAACAUACAGAGUCUGGAGAAAAACUGCAACAACAGAUAAUUAACCAGGAUUUCACACUCCCAACGCCGAGGAUGCAGAGGAGAGCAGCAUGGAGCGGAAGUUCUCCUCCUGACCUCAGUAAGCAUGAGAUGGGUGGCAGGCACUGGCAGGGCAAGGCUGACCCAUUUGGUGUGGUGGCUGCCUCCUUGGUGAGCCAGCUGUCUGACCAGCAGAAGAUGAGCGAGUCACCUCUCAGCUGGCUCAGAGGGGUGUAUUUACCUCCUGCACUACACCCUUUAAAUAAGACGUUAGUCAAGGGUGGCAAGUGGAAGGAUGUGGAUAGCACCCAGGAAAAGCGCAGGUCCUUCCUGCGUGACUUCUGUAAGAAAUACAACAGCAGAAAGAAGCUUCAAACCCACCUCGUGCACCUGGUGUCAAGAAUUUACGUGGAGGACAGGCACAAGGUCCUGUACUGUGAAGUGCCUAAAGCAGGCUGCUCCAAUUGGAAAAGAGUCCUCAUGGUGCUCAAUGGAUUCGCUGCUUCAGCACACAACAUUUCCCAUGACGAUGUACACUAUGGGAAGCAUCUAAGGAAACUGGACAGUUAUGACCUAAAAGAGAUAUACACACGCUUGAAUACAUACACCAAGGCUAUAUUUGUACGUGAUCCUGUGGAAAGAUUGGUAUCCGCCUUCAGGGAUAAGUUUGAACAUCCAAACAGCUAUUACCACCCAGUAUUUGGGAAGGCAAUAAUUAAGAAGUAUAGACAUAAUGCAAAUGAAGAGGCAUUGAAAACAGGAUCGGGAGUUAAGUUCAAGGAAUUUGUCCAAUAUUUGUUAGAUUCCCAUCGCCCAAUAGGAAUGGACAUUCAUUGGGAGCAAGUCAGUAAGCUUUGCUAUCCCUGCCUCAUCAACUAUGAUUUUAUAGGAAAGUUUGAAACCCUGGAAGAAGACGCCAGUUACUUUUUGCAGCUGGUAGGUGCUCCAGCCGAGCUGAAGUUUCCUAAAUUCAAAGACAGACAUUCCUCUGAUGAGAGAACGAGUGCAGAAGUAGUGAGGCAAUACUUGAAGGAAUUGUCUAAGGAGGAAAGACAGCUGAUCUACGACUUCUAUUACUUGGAUUACUUAAUGUUCAAUUAUACAUCACCAAUUGUAUAGCACCAGAAUAGCUUCAGGCUUCUAUUAGAUAUUUAUCAUUUUGGGAUUCAAAACAACUACUUUGAUAUUAGCCCUGAAAGGAAACAAAGUUGCUGCUAAGCGGAGUUUUCUUGACUUAGUGGGGAUUUUAUAAGCUGCAGUGAUAUCAACUGACAUUAAAUUAUAGGAGAAUGCACAAAAAAAGACCUGUAAACAGCAUAAAUUGCACUAAAAUGCCUGAAAAAGCUGCUUUUACCAUUAUGGAUUACACUGUGGAAGCGGUAGUGCAGCCAGCUGUUGCAUUAGCUUACCUAAUGUUCUUUUAAUGGUUUAAGAAAAAAAGCAUUCAGAGAAGCAUGAUUCUUUUUUUGGUGUGCCUGCUUUAGAAAUUGUUUUUGAAACUAUUUUUGAAUGUAUUUUUUACUUUCUGUCACUUAUUAAUAAAGAAGCAUUGGCUAAUUUUCUA